AUGUCCAGCGAUCAUCGACCUUGGUUAAAGUUGCUCAGAUAGUGCUGGAUGAGCACAGCAGCGAUUCUAGUAUAUUGAGCCCCGAGAAGCACGUUGAUGAGGCUGCUGCCAUCGGAGACUUCGGAGAUGCUUUGGCCUACAACCACUGCGGCUGCGGCGAGAAAGCUGAUGCAAGAUGGGAUCUCCUCGACGCAGUUGCUUCAAAUGCUGCUUCAAAGAGAGAAACUUCUUUAUCAGAAGCUUGAGCAUUGCCAAGAAGCUCUGCGAAGAUCACGAAGAAGACGCUCCAUUUGUCCUUGAUCGUCUUUGUCUUGAGAACUGCGCAGAAUCGCAUGGAAAUCAAGAUCCUGGAGGUGCUCCGAUGGGAUGCUUACCUUCCGAACCUCAAUCGAUUUGUUGAAUGUCUGCUGUCAGAGUUUGACGCGGUUUUCCUUUUGCCUUCAAUCAAAAAGCACAUGGAUUUCCUGCUCUUCACUACGUGAUUGUCUGCACCACCAACAUCAAGU